CCGGGGCCAGGCCCAUGUUCUGCCUUCGCUUGUCAAACCUCCAUCCAGCUCUGAUCUGCACCCGCCGUGUGCUCUUUGACAUACGAGGCAACUUCUUCCUCAUCCUGGGCGAGGGAGCUUCUGCUUCCCCGCCACAUGCCACGGAAGGACACGGUGGAAUCUGCCGUCAUGCUUCCAGGCAAUCCUGAAGAUGCUGAGGUGCACAGGUCAACCCAAGAAGGAGCUCUCCUUCAGAGGAGGGCGGUCCGCAGGGAGGAGAAGUCAGGACUGCCGCUCUGCAGGAAGCUUUGCUAUGCUGUCGGGGGCAUUCCCUACCAGAUGACAGGCAACGCCCUCGGGUUCUUCCUCCAAAUCUUCCUGCUGGAUGUUGUGCAGCUGGAGCCAGUUCAUGCCUCUUUGAUAAUUUUCCUUGGAAGAGCCUGGGAUGCGGUGACUGACCCUGCUAUUGGCUUCCUGGUCAGCAAGAGCCCGAGGAGAAAAUAUGGGAAGCUGGUGCCAUGGAUCGCGUGCUCCAUGCCAUUCGGGGUGCUCUGCUACUGCCUGAUGUGGUUCACCCUCUCGGAUGCCACCCCCGCCUCCCUGAAAUUCCUGUGGUACCUGUUCAUGUACAGCUUCUUCCAGACUUGCAUGACUUGCCACCACGUGCCGUACUCUUCCCUGACAAUGUUCCUGGGAGGAACCCAGAGCGACCGUGAUUCUGCCACUGCCUAUAGAAUGGGGCUGGAAGUGCUCAGCACACUCCUUGGGUCAGGAAUCCAGGGGCAGAUUGUGGGGGGUUACCAUGCCCGCAUGCUGAAUGGCUGUUACGUGUCCAACCAGAGCCGGCCCAACGCCAGCACCUACAGCCUCGCAGACUCUCUGGAGAACACGCGUAGGGCCUAUGUAUUCGCAUCCUUGGUCCUGGGUUCAAUCUAUUGCCUGUCCUGCCUGAUUCUUGUCUUUGGAGUCAGGGAGCAGCCUGGGCCCCUCAGCCCCCUGGGGAAGGUUGAGCUGCCCUUUGCCAGCUGCCUGAGGAUGAUUGUGGGACACCAGCCCUACACCCAGCUGCUGUGUGGCUUCCUCUUUGCCUCCCUGGCCUUCCAGAUCACACAGGGGAUCUUUGCCUUCUUCUGUACUCAUGCUGCAGGGCUGGCUGGGAAGUUCCAACAUUUAGUGCUUAUCAUGUUGGUUACAGCUUCCCUCUCUAUUCCCUUUUGGCAGUGGUUUUUGGGGAGAUUUGGAAAGAAAACAGCGGCGUCGCUGGGCCUGGUGCUGAUCAUCCCAGCCCUGGUAGCCGUCACCCAGCUGAAGCACAACUUCCCAGCCUUCGCCUUCCUGGUGAUCCUGGCAGGCUGCAGCAUGGCUGUGCUCUACCUUCUACCAUGGUCCAUGCUGCCAGAUACUGUGGAUGACUUCAUGCUGAGGAACCCCGGCUGUCUCAACCUGGAGGCUCUUUUCUACUCGUUUUACGUCUUCUUCAACAAGUUUGCAGGUGGCCUUGCCGUGGGGAUAUCGACACUGAGUUUACAUUUUGCAGGUUAUCGUGCUGGGGACUGCACAUACAACCCCUCCGUCAUCCUCACCCUGAAGCUUCUCAUGGCCCCAGUCCCAAUAAGCCUGCUGCUCGUUGCCAUAAUCAUCUUCUGCCUCCAUCCCAUCAAUGAGGAGAGGAGGAAGCAGAUGAGAAUGGAGAUGGAAGCAAUGGGGCAGCAGGUACGACGUGGCAGCCGAGAAUAAACCCUGGGCUGAAGCGGGUCCUGACAGAUCUGGGCAAGACAGAUGCAUGUUCUCCUGCUGUGAGAGACUGCAGUGCUGGGGAGGAAGGGCCCCCGCCAGCCCCGGAGCAGUGCUCACACACGCUGGGGUGCCGAGGUGUCACUUAACCUUCUGGGAAAGCACCCACAAAAAGCACAGGGGUUGUUUUUGAGAGGAAACUCUUUUUCCUAAAAACCAGUUAUUAGGGAAAAUACCACUGAGAUAGUGCGCGUCUUUGUGCUUAGACUGCCCUUUCACGGGGAAAGGUUUAGAAUUUCUUUGAAUGAGGGUGGCGUUCAAGCCAGCGGUGUUUUAAAGCCCGUGCAGCAACAAUGACACCUGGCAGCAGGGUGGCAGAAGCCAGCUCUGUCCGUCUGCCUGGGCCUCCCCAGCUGAGUCACUGCUGGGAAACCAGGAGCUUCGCCGGUACCUGAGGCUGCGGGAAUGGGCUGUGCUGCCUCCCGUCAGGCACCUGCGGGGGGGCUGGCAGCUUGUCCUGGUUUCUGCCAGGUCAGGAGGUUAUGAUGGAGUGUCAAGAAGAGCCAAGUUGCUUUUAAAUCGUUGCCCAGAGCUCGAUCUCCCACAGCAGCAUCUUGCGCGAGCUGCUCGGCACCCCCACAUCUCUCCUGGCAACAGUGAGGGGGCAGCGGGGGGAAGAGAGGAGAAGUCAGCCAUGUCGUGGCGGGUAGCGCUGAGCUGUGUUCAGCCUUGUGCACAGGCAGAGAGCGAGGUUGGUUAUUUUUAGGGCUAGAGCUGUAUCUGACCGUUGGUUGACCUUGCAGCUCUCCAGUCUGGUGCACACUGGCAGGAUCUGAGCAAAUUACUCCCCGGUUGUGCGCUGCAUUAAUUUGAAGCCUUAAGUCUUGCGGUACAACUUUGCGAUCAGUGGGGGAGACGGUGCUUUAGAGCUGCGUCAGGGCACCUGCAGGAUCGUCACAGCAACCCCGAUUCAGAGCGAUUUCUCAGAUGCACAAAGGGCCUCUUUUUUUUUUUUUUUAAUUUUUUGGUUGUUUUGUUUUCUGGAGUGUGAAGGAUGUUCCUUGGGAUCGCCUGACUAAGCCUGUGGUCAGGUGUUGGGAUGCGCUGCCCUCUGCCACCGCCUUGCUUUCAGCCUUGCUGCCCCUGCAUUUACUACAAGCAAAAGCCUUUGAGCGCCGAGGAAAUGCUCUGAUUGUUGAGAAUUUAAAGUCCUGCAGAAGGCAUGAAUUAUUUCAAAGGCACACGCUCCUUGGGACAGAGGAUGGGCUUGAUCUGGAGCUCCCAAACUGCAGCACAGGCUGGGAACGGGCCACGGGCUGCUGCAGCGUUGGGACCAGACCCAGUGCAGAGCAGGGAGCUGCUGCUGGUGUGUGUGGUGCCUGCCAGCCCCGCCACUGCCCAGGGUGGUGCCACUGUAUAUCCAG